AUGCUUGCUCGUAUUACUUUGAACUCUGCGCGUCGUAUUCCUCGAGUUGUGCCCUCGGCGCAACGAUUCUACGUGAUGGAGGGUACUUUCCAAAAGAAGGAGAGGGCGCACGAAGAACAAUAUGCUUGGGAGCACGAGAAAGAGCAGCUUACGAAACUGAAAAAACAGAUUGAGGAGAAGAAGGCUGAGUUGGCGAGAUUGGAGGCUGAGCACGCUAAGCAAGAGGCUAAGGCCAAUUCCAAGGCCAACCAGAAGGCGUAA